AACUUGGUCCUCCACAAGCCUUCUGGACUUACUCUGAGCAGGAUAAGACACGAUGGGCGUCAAGUUGCUCGCAGUCGUGGCUGCGCUCACACUGCUGACAUAUGCGCCACCUUCGCAAGCCAAGCCCAUCAGUCUGUUGGAGAGAUGCUACUGUCGUUCAACAGUCAACAGCCUCCCUCGAGGAUACAUACGAGAGCUCCGCUUCAUCCAUACGCCCAACUGCCCCUUCCAAGUCAUUGCCAAGCUGAAGACAAACAAGGAGGUGUGUGUGAACCCCGAAAUCCGAUGGCUGCAGCAGUACCUGAAGAACGCCAUCAACAAGAUGAAAAAGUCCAAGCAGGUUAACUAAAGUAUCUACUAAGAUCCUUCUAAGCCAUCAUUGAGGAUAUGGACCAUUAUCACAUAUAUAUACUGUUUAUAUAAAUACAGUAUAUACUGUAUAUGUUGCAUAGUCAUCAAAAUGCUAUGUUGUAGAGCACUUACUGUAUCAUGGCUCCCCUGCUGCAGUCUCUUGCAUAGAAUCAACGCAUUAUCAUCACCACCACCAUCGUCGCUUAGAUCAUAGAUUCUAUUUGUGAAAAGUGCAAUUAUAUCUGCGUUUGGUCUCCUAACAAUAAUGUAUAUGCUUGUUUUGUACUUCAUCAGAAAAGGGUUUUUGGGCCCCAAAACAUAACGAUAGGCGGUUCACCACAAUGUAGUCCAUAUUUCAAGUUAAUUGGCGCCUAGGAAUUUCUGUUGGUACCCCACAGACUGAGUAUAAUAUACUGGGUUCUAGUAAAAGUCCCAAUUAUGAUGUUUUUGUAAUGGAAUUAAGGACUCGAGCAUUUCCUGAGGAAUACUGCGGUUUUGAUAAUGUGACCCCCAACAUGUAUGCUUUAGUUUUCUCACUCAUCGAGAAUAAGAGGUUUUACAGGUUUAAUGGAGUAAAAAAAGUCUGCUAUCACAAAGUUGUGUCUACUACAAACAUGAAAAAAUGAAGACCCUCAGUGAUCUCAUUUGUCACCCAAAAAUUAUAAACUUGAUUUGGCUGGAUGAUAAUGUAAACGUGGCAGUGAUCGCAACAAUUUGUACAGCAAUUAGGUCUGACAUAAAUCACACCAGUAGUUAUAAAAACAGUUGGGAGAUAAAGUCAUACAUUCAACUGUCAUGCAGAUAAAAAUGCACUUUAUAUCUGAGCUACUUUUUUUUUUUUUUUUUUCUUCAACACUAAAACUCUCUUUUUCCAUGUUCAUAUCCUGUUAUCUGUGUUCAUUUUCAUCAAUGAAUGUUUUGCUCACAUGUAACUUUUUCAAAUCUGGGAAAUGCCAGCUCGUCGAUUAUAUCUCCACGUCGUAUGUAAGAUUAAUGUGAUAUAAAUGUUUUAUUUUUGUACUCUUUAAUGCAUUUAAAUGAAUGGACUACUUUAACAACUGAGCCGUCCGGUCAACAUUUUAUUGUGAAAAAUGUAUUCAGUUAUUCAGUAAAAUUAAAUCAAAUAAACAGCGUG